CAAGAGUUCCUUUAGCGUAGCUUAGAGCUAGAUUUUACGUGAGCGGGGUUGGCUGUGUCCGGCCUUUCGGGACAUCCUCUUCCGGAGCAUUUUCAGAAGCCAACAUGCUUCGCAAGGGCGCUCAGGCCGUGCUUCAGGCGGAGCGUGCAGGCCCCCAGCAGACCUGCGCCGCUGCGCAGACUGCUUUCACGCGUCAGUUUGGCGCUCCCGCUGGCAGCCAUGACCACCCCACCACGCCCCUGAGCCCCAUCAUGCCGGGUAUCGUUGCUAUUCCGCGCCAGGUGAUCAGCACCGCUGCCAGCUUGACUGGCAAGGCUGUGGCUGGUGCCGCUACCUCUAGCACGAUUAGGGACCUGGUCACCUCCUUCGCGGAGAAGGCGAUUAUCAGCGAGUCGAUCGUGAAGGUGGACGAGGUGGAUGUCCCCUUCUGGGCAUACUGGCUGUCCACGGCGGGCUACAACAGCCCCGCGGGCUUUAAGAAGUUCGCGGAGGCCGUGAAGCCGAAGGUGGCUGGUCUGGAGCCGCAGCAGGUCACCGACCUGGUGGUGGCCUUCCACAAGGUCAACUACUUCGACAAGGACCUGUUCGCUGCCGUGGCCGCCAACAUCAGCGCCAACUUCACCAAGUACGAGACGGAGCAGCUGCUGCAGGUGCUGUCGGCGUUCGUGGAGUUCGGCUUCUACGACGCCACCGCCUACGACGACAUCGCCGACUCCAUCACCUACUGCAACCACUACCUGGCGCCCGUGCGGGCCUGCCCCAGUCAGCUGGCGUCCGCCUUCGCCGCCUUUGCCAAGUACGAGCACGAGCGCGGCGACCUGUUCGUGGCGCUGGCCAGGGGCUUCAGCGAGCUGUCUCUGGCCAAGCUGGGCGCCGAGGAGCGCAAGGGCACGGUGCUCAAGGCCCUGCGCGCCUUCCACCGCUUCAACUUCUGGCCCGACGCCACCGAGGCGCUGCUGCACGCCGCCAAGGGCCUGGAGGGCUCUCUGUCUGCGGACGAGGCCAAGGAGGUGGAAAAGUACCAGAAGCUGCUGGAGGACGCGGCGGGCGGCGAGUUCAAGGUGUUCAAGGAGGGCGACGACGUGGACGGCGUGCACUGGUACGGGCACCACACCCAGGCGCCCACCGGCUACUCGCUGUACGUGUUCCGCGAGGCGCUGGUGCCCAAGCAGUACUCACCCGCCAGCAUGCGCCCCAUUAAGUAAAAGCACACACGUCCUGUUUGCUGCGGCGUAGCGGCGUGUCCGCGUAGCUGCGCAAUGGCGAGUGUGUGAGGCGGCAGUGCUGCUGGAGCUGGCUGACUGGCUAGGUCGACUCCAGCGGACGUGGAGCGGCAUUGCCGUAGGCAGCUCGUGGCGUGGAGGCCUGCGAAGUGGGGGAGGAGUGUGGGAGGAGCGGAGCAGCAGCGGCUUUGUUGCUGGUGCGUGGUGCGCUUACGCUGGCGGUGUUGGCUGGCCGGUGUGGCCGUGGAGCUUAUCACGAUUUGUGCGUGUGAGGUUAGUGCGAAUGUGGAAAUGGGCAGGGGUUGUGAGGGCAGACUGGAGGUCGGAGCGGCGACUCGCUGCGAUGCUUGGGAAUGUAGGGUGCGGUGUGUGGCGCAGCGCUGGAAAGGCCCCUGUGCCUGCAUGCGUGCACCCUAGCCGCCCCGGGCUUGACAAUCUGGCGCAUUAGGUUCUUAUACUGUAGGGCGUGUCUACCCCUGCAGAGGAGGUGGCAUGGUGGAAUGUCGGUAAAGGGGUUCGCCACAAGCGUAGGUAGGCAGUUCCGUGUGUGUGGUUGACGGGACGAGCGCGUGACAAGGAAGUAGCAGAGAGGGGCCGUUGCCGUGUAAAGCGAAAUCGGU